AUGAGGACAGCACUCAUGGUAGUGGCUUUACAGCCAGUUAUAUUUGGGGUGAUUUUGUCUUUAGUUGAUGCCAAAGGAACUUUCUAUGGAACCCCUUUCUAUGGAAGUCACAGAUACAACCUCUUCAAAUCUGGAUCCAGUCCUAACUACAAUCCUGGAAAGCCUAUGAAUCGCCACAAAAACUACUGUGCCUAUGUUGUCCAGAAGAACAUCUCUUGCACAAUGCAAGAUGGGAUGGCUACUUACGUCAAAGCAGAAUACACCACUAAAUGCGUAUGGGGACAGAAAUGCCCAGUUCUCACGUAUCGCACCUUCCACAAACCCACGUACAAAGUGGGCUACAAGACUGUCACUGAGCUGGAGUGGCGUUGUUGCCCUGGUUAUGCUGGAGAAAACUGUUUUGAUGGGCCCACCUCACUCCCAGAUACCAUGAUGCCUCCUUUCAAAGGUGCUCUUCCCAGGCUGGGAAUGAAGGGCUUCCCUCGGGGCCACCCCAAGGUGCCUCCAGAUCACAGAUUUAUCCCCGGAGGGAACCUGGAACCGGGCAAGCCUUUUCCUGACCACAAACCUAUCCCCACUGGCCAAUUUCCAUCCGGUGGCCCAAAAUUUAAUUAUGGUCCUAAACCUGGAAUAUCAGGGGAACGUUUAGAUCGGAUGGAGGAGGACCUCAGGAGGCUGUCUCAGAGUCUGGAGACCCUGAAUGGGAUGGUUGCUGGUCUGGAGGAUCGUCUACGCGUCUCCUUACGUGAGGACACCAACAAGAUGCUAACUUCGCUCCUCAGUGGCGUCCCCCGUCUCCCUGACUCCUCCGUGGGCUUCGGGUUGAUCCCUGAAGGUACACCAAGCGGUCUGGACGGGGCUGAUGGCUUCCCUGGGUUUGGAGAGCUGGUGGGGAAAGUGACAGAGGUGAAGGAUGAGCUGAGAGUGAAGAGCGACAUGCUGGAUGAGAUCCAGGGCAUGGUGCUGGGCCAUGAUGGUCAGCUGAAGAGGCUGAUGGAGGUGGCUUUGGGGCGGCCCGUGCCUGGAGGUGUCAACCCCAAAGUUCUGGAGGAGAUGCUGGACAACAGGCUGGCUGGAGUGAAAGCAGAGAUACUGGAUGGCUUUGAAAAGAGGAUGACUGGUCUUGAGAGCCACUGUGAUGAACGCAUUGGUCAGGUGCAGGAGCAUUGCCAUAAGGAGCACAUGACUGGUCAGGAACAGAUGCAACAGUCUCUGGAUGGAAGAGAAACGGGUCUGAGGAAGGAGCUAGGUGAUCUGCAGGCUCAGAUUCAGGGUCUGACUCUGACCGACAGUUGCUGCGGCCAAGUCAACAGCCUUUCCCAGCGUGUGCUGCUGCUGGAGGAGUCUGUUAAAGGUUUGACCGAGUCCCAGAGGCAGCUACAGGUAGCCUUGAGUGACCAGACCCUCCACGUGGAGACCCUGCUGGACACACGGCUCGUGGACGUGGAGGGGAGGAUCAACGCCACGGAUGGGCGUGGCCCAGAGGAUCUAGACUCUCUGGAUGGAUUUAAGGCUCUGAUUGAUGAAAAGCUAAGGACCCUUGAGGAGCGACUGUUUGUUGCUGUGGAGGAACUGAGCAAUGCCACUGCUCCAGCCCUCCUGGAGGGCCAUGUGGUGCCUGCUCUGGAAACAGAGAUCGAGAAUGUACGUCGGCGGGUGGAGGCUGACUUGGAUGGCGUACAGAAACAGCUGACCGAUCUGGAGCUCCUCUGCACCUCAUCCUGUUCACCCUCUCCAACAGCCGAUGGUGAGCUUCUCCAGUCGGGGAUGGACCAAUGUCAAGACGUGGAGAAGAAAGUGUCUAAUCGCCUGGAUGUCCACAGUGGCAUGCUGGAUCAACUGAAUGGCACACUACAGGGUCUGCUCACCCGAUUGUCCGAAGAAGGUGAAUCCGAAUCUAUCCACGGAGAGAUAACGUUGCUCAAAGUCAACGUAAACUCCGUAAACCGUACCCUUAAGGGCCUCCGUGACUCCGUCAGCCUGUUUGCUCGAGAGAUGGGUCACGCCAACUCUACCUGGCAACAACGAGAGCAUCAGCUGGCCAACCAGAUCCAGGGCAUCACGGAGCUGGUGGGCCAACAGGCCUCCAUGCUUGGGGCUGGGGAACGCAGACUCAUCCAACUGAAGGGGGAGCUCCAAAGCUUGAGGCGUAGGCUGGCUGGAGAGCUCCAGGGCUGUCGGAGCACUGCGUUGGGGGUGCAAAGGGAGGUGAUGGGAGUGGAGAGCCGCGUGGCUCAGGUGGAGGGCCAGUGCAGCAGCCUGGGUGAGCUGGCGGAUGACCUGGAGAGAAUCCGAAAUGAGUUGGAGAGGUACUCAGACAGCUUCCUCUUGCGGGUAAAUGGCACACUGACCAGUCAUUCUCAUCAGCUGGCUGAGCUGAAGGACGGACUCAAAGACUGCCUGAGUAAGACAGACCCCACAGCACAACGGGGUGACCAGUAG